AUGGAUCCCGACUCCGAGAUCACCGGUACAAGAGUGGCCGCUUGCAUCACCCCGCUCACCGGCGCCACCUCCAAGGACAUCCACGCCGGCCCUGCCCGCGCGCGCGUCUAUCUCCCUCCCGUCGCCUUCGCGGCCCCCGGCAAGCUCCCCGUAGUCGUCUACUUGCAUGGUUGUGGCUUCGUCAUUGGCUACCCCGCCCGGCCCUCCAUCCACGCCUACCUCAACGACCUCGUCGCCCACUCUGGCCCCAUCGAUGUGUCCAUCUGCUACCGCCUGAUACGUUGGAGACAUAUCAACCUCUACCGCGUCUUCCUCUCCGGUUACAGCAUCGACGCCAACAUCGCGCACAACAUGGCUACCCCUGCCGGCACCGACCCGCUCUCCGACUGCGAGCUACUCAUCCUCGCCUCCGACGGGCUCUGGGACAAGGUGGGCAACCAGGAGGCCGUCGACGCCGCACCAUUUUCCUUGUGCUCGGCCUCGUUGACGUGUGCGUUCUACUAUGAUCUUCCUGUUAAGUAUAGUUGUUAA